AUGUCAACAGGCAAUCAGCCCAUUCGUAUCGACUGGCAUGCGACAAUACCUCUUUCCGAUGGGGUGGUGCUUUCGGCACAGAUAUGGCGGCCAGAAGACUCGGAUACUACUCCUGUGCCGGCAAUUCUCGAAUACCUCCCCUAUCGAAAGCGGGACUACACGGCGCCUCGUGAUGCUUUGAACCAUCCUUACUUUGCCAGCCAUGGCUACGCUUGUGUCCGAGUGGACAUGCGUGGUGCAGGCGAUUCUGAAGGAGUACUGCUUGGGGAAUACCUCAAACAGGAACAGGAUGAUGCCCUGGAGAUUCUGAAAUGGAUUGCUGACCAGGACUGGUGCACUGGAUCGAUCGGCAUGAUUGGUAUCUCGUGGGGUGGCUUCAAUGGGCUCCAGGUUGCUGCACGUCGUCCUCCUGAGCUUAAAGCUGUAAUCUCGAUGUGCUCAACUGACGAUCGGUACAACGAUGACAUCCAUUAUCAGGGAGGGUGCAUGCUUGUCGACAAUUUCUUGUGGGGCGCAACGAUGUUCGGCAUGAACCCUCUGCCACCAGAUCCAGCUCUUGUUGGCGACAAGUGGCGAGAACUCUGGCUGAAACGCCUCGAGGCUGGUGGCUUGUACAUGGUUGACUGGCACGAGCACCAACGUCGAGAUGAUUUCUGGAAACAUGCCUCCGUCUGCGAGGACUAUACGUCAAUCCAGUGUCCCGUAUACUUGGUUGGCGGAUGGAUGGAUCCCUACUCGAACACGAUUUUCCGCAUGCUCCAAAAUUUGACUUGUCCCAAAAAGGGUCUUGUCGGGCCCUGGGCUCACAAAUAUCCCAACUUUGCGGAGCCAGGGCCACAGAUCGGCUUUUUGCAGGAAUCUAUCAGAUGGUGGGACAAGUGGCUAAAGGGAAUUGAGACAGGGAUCAUGGAUGAACCACCUCUUCGAUGCUAUCUGCAAGACACUGCACCACCAAAGACACAUUACGACUUCCGUCCUGGCCAUUGGGUGGCCGAGAGCGGCUGGCCUAGCCAAGGAGUUAUGACCCGGCCCAUGGGACUUGCGCCUGGUCGGAUCACGGAUGCAGUAGCCUCUAGCGACGAGCAUCUCUCCAUUUGCUCUCCGCAAACAGUUGGACUUGCUGGAGGCCGAUGGUGUGUCUUUGGGCUUGAUGCGGAUGAGCCAGGUGACCAACGCCAAGAGGCUGGAGGGUCUCUUGUCUUUGACAGCAAAGGCUUGACUCAACCAUUGGACCUUCUUGGUUCUGUCAACCUUCAUCUACGGGUGGCAAGCGAUAAGCCAAACGCAGUCAUUGUCGCGGUUCUUUCUGAGGUGUUACCAGACGGUUCGGCGACAAGAAUUUCGUGGAAUCCUCUUAACCUCACCCAUCGCAACAGCCAUGAAAAGCUGGAACCCCUUGAACCUGGCCGUUUCUACGAUGUUACCGUCAAGCUGAACGAGAUGGGCCAACGUAUCGGCGUGGGAAGCCGAAUCCGCCUCGCGCUAUCUACGUCCUAUUGGCCGACCAUUUGGCCCUCACCAGAACGUACGACUCUCACGAUCGACUGCGCCAAGAGUAGCUUGGAGUUGCCAGUCCGCUCUGCAAGCCCUCUGGAUGCCCAGCUGAAACCCUUCCAACCAGCUGUCAACAGCGGACCACUGAAAACAAAAGUCUUCCGUCCUGCGAGGUCCUCCAACAAAAUCAUCCAGGACCUGAACACUGGUGAAUUCACGGUUCGUCUGGAGGAAGAUGCUGGAUAUUGGGAGAAUCAGGCGACCGGCUGGCGUUAUGGUAGUGAUCAGACCAUCAUUGAAGUGGUGCAUCCUGAUGAUCCUUUGUCAGCCCGUGCAGAGCAGCACUUCCGAAAAGAGUUCGGGCGAGAAGGCUUGGAUCUGCUUGUCACAGGUUGGGCCAAAAUGUCCGCCACCAAGACAGACUGGAAGUUGACUGCACGCCUAGAAGCGUGGGAGCAGAAGGAGCGCAUUUUCGAGCGAGACUAUGCAUUUAGCAUCCCCCGUGAUGGCGUCUAG